AUGGGAUGCAAUGUAUAGAAAACAAAGAGUUAAUCAAAUAAACUUAUUCAAUAUCCUUUAAAAGUAUAAUAAAAUGCUAUUAUAAAUCAUAAUAAUCAAGGCUAGAUUAAUGGAUAAAAGAGUGAUAUUAAAGAAAUAGAUAAUUUUAUUGUCUAAUAACCACAAAUAGGCAGAAGACUUAAACAUAUGGUUAGUGCAGAUGAACUUCAAAAAUUCAUUAAUAAAAAACAAAACAUCCCUAUAAGCCCUUUUGGAUAUAUUAAAAAUUCACCUAAAUAAAUAAAAAAAUAGUCUUUGAUGAACAGUCCAAAAAUAUGA